UCUUUUUAGAUUAAGAAUAUUAUUUAUUUUCACAAAAAAAAAUUAAAAACAAAUUUUAUUCAAAAGAAGCUUAAUAAAAUGAAGUAAGUUUAUAUCUUCUUAAACUGUCUCUUUUUCAUUUCCUUAGUUGCUGGCUCAACUGUUUUAGAAGCUAGUAUCAAAUCUACAGAUGCCUAAGUAUGUGUUAAUGACUUGAAAUCAAAACACAACCUCUUAUAAUCUCUCUUAAAUGAUCUCUAGAAGAAAAACUACUUGAGAGUCAUGGAUAAAAUUAAUGACCUUAACAGCUACUUCAAUACAACAGUAUCUAAGUGCGCCGAUCAAUUUUGUUGGAUGGAUGGCUAAUAAAGAUGUGAAUACACUUUUGAAUAGUCUUGUGAGCUUGUCAACAAUAUGUGGUACCCUAAAUGCAAAACUGGAUACAAGGUCAAAGAGCAAAGCAUUUGCGUCCAAGAAUGUCCUUAAAAUUUCAAAGAAAGUGGCUUGCUCUAUUGUGAGAAGCCCGAAUCUUACUUUAGAGGUCUUGGUUACCCAUGGAAGUUUGGUGAUAAAUUGGGUAGUCUUGAAGGAGCAAGAUAAAGAUGUGCUCAUGAAAAUCCCCAAGGUUGUGAAAAAGCUGGAGCUAUCAUUUAUCCUAAUUGCAAAGAAAAUUACCAUAUUUCUGGAUGCUGUUAAUGUGUACCAAAUUGUCCUAACGACAUGAAAGACAAUGGAGUCACAUGCAUGAGAAAACAAUACGCUAGAGGCUUUGGUCAUACUAAUGGCUAAUGUGUUGCUGAUUAAUGGAAGGAAUAUUCUCCUUUAGAAUCUUUUGGAGGCUGUGUUGACUAAUUAAAUCAAUUAGAAGUUGAGUUAAACCAAAUUUAGGAAAAGUUGAAUUUAGACUCUGAUAAGACUAUGUGGGAUACUCUUAAAUAGGCUUACGUUAUUGUUUAAUAAUCUUCUGUUUUCAGCUAAAAAUGCACCUAAGAAAUUAAUGCUUUACCUAGUAAUUCCGAUAAUACUGAUGAUAAUACUAGCGAUUCCAUUGGCAAUGGCUGGACUCUUUUCUUUGAAAUAUUUUUCAAAGUUUUAUAAUGGAUUGUUAAUUUAUUCUAAAAGAACUAAUGA